AUGUCUACCACCCAAAGUAAUUUGGUCGACGACUCUGCGCCAAUCAAUCCAGGGGAUCCCGAUUAUGAAGACUUCCUCGGAGAUGAAGAAGAGCCUUCACCAGCCUUCACACCCGCGCCCCUCCCGAUCCUCACAAACGAGCCCCACCGACACCCGGACUCCUGCCUGACCCUCUCCCUCCCUCUCAUCAAAGCCCUUCACGCACAACUUCCGCCGGCGCCGGAUCUCACGCUCUCGAUUGGUAGCGGGACGGGGCUCGUCGAGGCUCUGCUUGACUCUUUGGCCGGUACCCAGGACCAAAAUCUCUCACAAGCCCCGUAUGCUCUUCAGGCUUCUGGAAGUUCUUCUCAGGCGUCACCUGCCCCUCGAGCGGCGCUCAACCUCACCAGCAUCGAAAUCGCGCCGUCUCCAAAUACAUACCACCGCAGCCACCGCACCGUUCCAGGAACAUGGGCACUCGACCUCGCUGCGGCGGAAGCAAAGGCGUGGGUAUUCGUGUACCCGAAGCAAGUCGCUCUCGUUCGGAAGUACAUGGAGGCCUUUGCUUCUAACGAGUCUGGUGGGAACGGGGCCGUGGAGACGGUGGUGUACGUCGGUCCAAGGAUGGACUGGGAUGAUUUCCGCGGCGCGUUGGAGCCGUUUGCGGAGAGCGUCGAGGUUUGGGACGAGGAGAGGAUGGAGGGUGUUGGGGGGCAGAGGUGGGAAUGUGCUGUGAGGGUGACGGUGAAGAAGUGA